AAGUAUAUGUUCUCGGUGAACCAAGUUUAAGUUGUUAAUGCAAAUUCAUAUAUCAGCAUGGAUACCUUCAAGCGCUGUUUGACUGGCAUCGUAUUCUCCUGCCUCUGUUCAAUGAUGAGCAAUGCUUUCACCCCUUUUUCAUAUACAACAACAUCUUAUCAAGUGAUUUACGGGGGAAACUGUUAUGCCAUUACACAGUGUAAAACCACCAAUGCAAGUUGUAAUUGGUCCGGCAUCUGUGAAUGUGCUGACACUCACUACUACGACGCAGCCAGCGACACCUGCACUCAAGAAGUGAUUUACGGAGGAAACUGUUAUACCAUUACACAGUGUAAUACCACCAAUGCAAUUUGUAAUGGAUUCGGCAUCUGUGCAUGUGCUGACACUCACUACUACGACGCAGCCAGUGGCACCUGCACUCAAGAAGUGGAAUACGGAGCUAGCUGUGAUACCAUGACACAGUGUAAUACCACCAAUGCAGUGUGUAAUGGAUCCGGCAUCUGUGCAUGUGAUUACACUCACUACUACGACGCAGCCAACGACACCUGCACUCAGAAACAAAACUUCGGAGAUGUUUGUACUGAGACAUCCCAGUGUGACACAACCUCAGACUCCAACAUCGUGUGUAUACAAGCUGGACCAGACAAGAGGUGCCUCUGUAAGAAUGGACGAUAUAGGCCAUAUGCAACAUUUUGCGCUGCAACAACUGUUCUAAAACCAGUCAUCAGAGCCAUACCAACUAUAGGAACAGGUAAUAUUGGCAUGAGCUGGACCAGUACCGAUGUCACUGGAGGGUACACAUCCAGCUAUACAGUAACGUGGUCUCCAGGAUCUCCAGGAUCUGUUGCUACAGCCCAGAAGAGCUACAACAUCCAGUCUCUGUCUCCAGGAACAACAUACACUGUCACAGUUAUAUACACCAUCACACAGCACGGCAGGAAUCAAACGAUUACCUCGGAACAAAGGACAUUUACAACAAAACAAGUCUUUGGUGGUGUAUGCAGUAACCAACCCGUAUGUGACACUACAGACCCCAACAUUCAGUGCAUACAGACUACAGCGUCAAACAUGAAGUGCCUCUGUAAAGAUGGGAUGUAUAAGUCAUUAGUCUCAGCAUUGUGUAUGAACACUAGCCCGCUAAAACCAGUCAUCACAGGUGCACCAUCUAUAGGAACACGUAAUAUUGUCAUCAGCUGGACCAGUACCGAUGUCACUGGAGGGUACACAUCCAGCUAUACAGUAACGUGGUCUCCAGGAUCUCCAGGGUCUCCAGGGUCUGCUGCUACAACCAGGAAGAGCUACAACAUCCAGUCCCUGUCUCCAGUAACAGCAUACACUGUCACAGUUAUACACACCAUCACACAGCACGGCAGGAGUCAGACGAUUACCUCGGACCAAAGGACAUUUACAACAAGGAUUGGCUACAACGAACCCUGCACACAAACUAAUUUGUGUUACGAUGCCAGUGCCAACUGUUACAGUGGUAGAUGUCGCUGUGACCCGGGAUUCUUCCGAAACACAAUCUGUGUCAGCAUCAACCAACUUCAUCCUAACACUGUGACGGCCAUCGUACAAAGCACAACCGCCGUGACAGCAUCCUGGACAGCUCCUUCUAACGCCGUCGUUACCGGGUACGAGGUCACGGUUACACCAGGGGACAUUACUCCAAUCAGUGUCGGCAGAGACAUCAGGACCACGCCCAUCACAGGUCUGACACCGGGGAGAGUAUACACUGUGAACGUGAAGACAAAGAUUACUUACCUGCCAGGACGAGAUGAGAUGACUGAUGCUGUAUCUGCAGCACCAAAGCAAACACAACAAGGCUUUGGUGGGCUAUGUACUGACGGGACCCAGUGCGACACCUCAGACCAGAACAUCGCGUGUGUGCAGACUACAGAGAAGAGAUGCCUCUGUAAGAAUGGGAUGUACAAGUCACCAACGACAUCAUCUUGUACGGAGACUAGCGUUCUAAAACCAAACAUCACGAGUACACCAGCUAUAAGCACAGGUAAUAUUGACAUCAGCUGGACUCACCCAGAUGUCACUGGAAGGUACACAUCCAGCUAUACAGUAACGUGGUCUCCAGGAUCUCCAGGAUCUUCAGGAUCUUCAACAUCUGCACCUACAACCCAGAAGAGCUACACCAUCCAGCGCCUGUCUCCAGGAACAGCAUACAGUAUCACAGUUAGACACACCAUCACUCUGUACGGCAGGAGUCAGACGAUUUCCUCGGACCCAAGGACAUUUACAACAAGGAUUGGCUACAACGAAACCUGCACACAAAAUGGUUUGUGUUACGAUGCCAAUGCCAACUGUUACGCUGAUAGAUGUCGCUGUGAUCCGAGUUUCUACAGAAACACAAUCUGUGUCAGCAUCAACCAACUCCGUCCUACCACUGUGACGGCCGACGAACAAAGCACAACCACAAUGACAGCAGCCUGGACAGCUCCUUCUAACGACGUCGUUACCGGGUACGAGGUGUCGGUUACACCAGGGGACAUUACUCCAAUCAGUGUCAACAAAGACAUCAGGACCACACCCAUCACAGGUCUGACACCAGGGAAAGUAUACACUGUGAACGUGAAGACAAAGAUUAUGUACCUGCAAGGACGAAAUGAGAUGACUGAUGCUGCAUCUGUAGCGUCAAAGCAAACACAGCCUGCUUCAGUUGUUGGCCUGGACGUGAUCAGAACCAACAGAACAGCUCCAGACAUCACCGUUGUGUUCGCCAAGGCUAUAGGGGAUGCCACCAUGUACAUUGUGACGCUCAGAGGACGGGAUGGAGAUACAUACAACCAACAACGUCAACCUGUCAACACUGGGCAGGGUCUCAUCUCUGUCGUCUUCACUGGUGUUGUCGCAGCUGUAUCGUACAACCUGAGCAUACUAACACAGAGUGGGAACCUCCAGAGUUUACCCUAUACUAAUGUGAUACGAGUAGGAGCAACUCCUGCCGGAAUAGUUACCAAUCUGAAGUCGUUUGACAACACGUCCCGCUCUGUCGCCGUGGAAUGGAGAAGACCAGUCAACCCGAACGGGAAGAUCUAUGAAUACAUUGUCGACGUAAGGACGGGUGGUCCCUCAGUCUGUGUGAAGCGGGUCAUCAUCAACUGCACUGAAUGUAACAGAGAUAUGGCAAACUUUACAAAGAUGGAGACCGAAUGUGACACAACCAUGACUGUGGUGAUAGCCCAGGCUGACAUUGAAAACACCGCCCACGUCAUACAGCACAACAUAACACGCCUGAACCCAGAUACAUCCUACACCAUAGACGUGGUAGCUGUCAUUGAAGAGGAGCCAGGAACAACCGACCAAAUUAAUCUACACACACCCGAGGAAGGCGCUGGUAACACUACGAACUUCAAGGCACAGAGCAGGUCAUCAAGCGAGAUAACUCUGACAUGGGAUCCUCCACAACCCCGACCUGGUGUCACUCGGUACAACAUAACUGUGUAUGAAAAACAGGAAGACAGCGAGGGUUACGACACUCUGAAGUUCAUAGCACUUUCAGGGUGGGGAAUCAAGACGUACACCAUUGGCAAUCUCUCCAGCUAUUGGUUUUACAAGUUCGACAUAGUAGCUGAAACAAAACUUGGUGCUUCAGCCAUUAUCACAAGCGGCCCUGAGAUGACGAUGGAGUCAGAGCCGACGGGUGUGUUGGAAUUGAAAGUUGAGGACAUCACUGAUGUGUUUAACCAGGUACAAGUGUCGUGGAAGUGUCCCAAACAGAAGGAUGGUAGAAAUGGAAAGAUUGUUAUCGCCAAUCUGCAUUAUUCCACAAAACAAACGUCGACAUUUAAUCCUAUAAGGGGAAAUAAGAACUUCACCAAUAACGGCGACUGCCUGUGGAAUGUCAAGGUGGACGUAACUACAGAAUUCAUGUAUCUCUUUGAGGUACGUCUCUACAACAAAGGGUUUGCAGGCUCUGUUGUCGGUGUAAGCAAAGACAUAGUGGGAGGUGCCCCACUGCAGUCGGCAGUUAUGGAAUCUGUGAAAAAAGGAGCAGGAGAAACUGAGGAAACGGUGUCAUUGAACAUCUGCCCGAAGUGUCUGAAUGAUCGAACAAACGGUCAAGUAAAUAUCACCGGGAUGAUGGUGUGUAAGACAGGAGCAAGCUGUGGACAAAGCAGAAAACGUCGCGCAACAACCUCUGCUGCGGACUAUAACGAAAUCGCUAACUGGAAUAAGGCCAGUGCAAAUAGUUUCAACGUGGAGUACAGGGCAACAAAACAGGAUUGGCUUGCUGGAAAUGUUGGUAAACUCACUUUGACCUUUACGCUAGGGGAGGAAGAUUGCAGUGGAAACCUGCCAGGCGCUUUCUGUAAUGGGAAACUCCCUGCAGGAGAAACAUUUAUUGUUUACGCUUUCACGUGCACAAAUCAUGGGUGCACCACAAGUCAAAAAAUUGAAGUUACAACAAAAGCUUCGUUCCCAAUUGCUGCUGUGGUAGGAGGACUAGUUGCUGCAGUUGUUGUCAUCGUUGUUGUGAUUAUCGUCGUGGUUAUCCGUAGACGAAGAAAUACCAAAAUGAAACAAGCUGAUCCAUCCCUUAUUGAAACUGCCGAUGAUCUUAUCCAGAGGAAAAGGCCAAUAAGAAUGAAGGAUUUCGAAAAGCGCGUUGAAGAAAUGCACAAGGAUUCCAACCUACUUUUUUCGGAAGAAUUCGAGGAUAUUGGGGCCCUAAGUCCCAGCACGCGUGUGUUGCGUCGGAAACCGGAGGCAACAAACUGAGAAACAGAUAUGUGAAUAUUUUACCAUUUGACCAGAGCCGAGUUAAACUGCGGUCUACCGAUGACGAUGACAACGAAGAGACGGACUACAUCAAUGCUAACUACAUACCGGGUUACACGUCUCCACGCGAGUACAUCGCCACCCAGGGCCCCAUGACCGGAACUGUGGCGGACUUCUGGAGGAUGGUGUGGGAACAGGAUGUCAACAU